AAAGAAAAAAAAAUAUGGAAGUGAUUAUUUCAGAGAAAAAGGGAGGUAUAUAUAAAAUAUUAUAGGGAGAAAUGGUUUACAGAGUCGUUAAAAUAAUAUGAAAGGAAAGAAUAUGAAUCUAUAAAAGAAGAAAACGAAGAAAGCAUAGAAGAAGAAAAGAGAAUCAUGAAUAAUAAAGAGGAAGUAGAUAACAAAAUAAAGAAGGAAAGGUUAAUAUCCAAAAUGUGUGCAGAGAUAUAUAUGAUGGCAUUAGACCAGUGUAAAAAGGAAGAGAUAGAAUCCAUGACAAAUGAUUUUCUUAAAUCAUACAUAGAACAAAAGAAAGAACAUGAAGGAUCUUGUGAACAAGAAAUGGAAAACAAGAAAGUAGAUGAAACAGAAAAAGAAAAAGAAAUAAAUGUUAUGAUAGAGUAGAAGAAAGAAAAAUGGGAAUGUUGGAAAAAAGAGGAAUGGUUUCAGGAGUUGAAGUUGAAAUUAAAAAAGAAAACGAUACAUAUGAAAGAGAUAACGGAUAAUAUAAAAGAAAAAGUAAUAAAUAUCAUGUUGAAAACAUAAGUAAUUGAGAAAGAAUGGUAAGAAAGACAAAGGAAUAUUUUAAAGAAGCGGAAUAAACAAAAUAUACAUGAAAGAUCAAUGAAGAAGAACAAAGAUGAAGAAACGAUAGAAGAAAAAAACGACGAAGGCUAUUUAAAAAAAUGGGAUAUUACAAUACUAU